AUGCAGGUCUCUUUUGCCUGCACGGAGCACAACCUGAAGAGCCGCAGUGAGGACCGGCUUUGUGGCCUUCGCACUGCGCCACCCCCUGGGGGAGGCAGUGGGGGAGGUGGAGGAGGUGGUGGAGGGAGCAGCCAAGGGGGUAAUGGCAACUACAACACCCAGGGCUCAGCCAAGUCCAGGGAGCAGUCAGGGUCCCGCCCGGUCCCCCAGGGCCAUGCCCACAUGAAGGAGGCAAUAGGGCGCCACAGCAGUAUGAAAUACAGGAACCUGGGGAAGUCUGGUCUGCGUGUGUCCUGCUUAGGGCUGGGCACCUGGGUGACAUUUGGAUCACAGAUAUCUGACGAGAUGGCUGAGAACCUGAUGACCAUUGCCUAUGAAGCCGGGGUGAACCUCUUUGACACAGCAGAGGUGUAUGCCUCCGGCAGGGCUGAAAUCACCCUAGGGAACAUCGUCAAGAAGAAAAGAUGGAGGCGUUCUAGUUAUGUUGUGACAACCAAGAUCUAUUGGGGAGGGCAGGCAGAGACAGAAAGGGGACUCUCCAGAAAGCACAUCAUUGAAGGUUUGAGAGGAUCCCUGUCCAGACUCCAGUUAGAUUAUGUGGACAUUGUCUUUGCCAACCGGAAUGACGUCAACAGCCCUAUGGAAGAGAUUGUCCGGGCCAUGACCUUUGUAAUAAAUCAGGGCAUGGCAAUGUACUGGGGCACCUCUCGCUGGAGUGCCAUGGAGAUCAUGGAGGCGUACUCAGUGGCGCGUCAGUUCAACCUGAUCCCACCUGUAUGUGAGCAGGCUGAGUAUCACUACUUCCAGAGGGACAAGGUGGAGGUGCAGCUCCCUGAACUCUACCACAAGAUAGGUGUAGGGGCAAUGACCUGGUCUCCCCUUGCAUGUGGACUGAUUACAGGGAAGUACAGUGAGGGUGUACCUGACAUCUCCAGGGCUAAUAUGAAAGGUUACCAGUGGCUGAAGGAGCGUGUCAACAGUGAGGAGGGACGCAAGCAGCUGGCCAAGAUUAAAGAGCUCCACCUAAUGGCCGAUAGACUGGGCUGCACCGCCGCACAGCUAGCCAUCGCCUGGUGUCUGCGCAGUGAGGGAGUGAGCUCAGUGCUGAUGGGUGUCUCCAACACUGACCAGCUGGUGGAAAACCUGGGUGCCCUUAGGCUUAUUUCACAGAUGACUCCUCAGACCGUGGCUGAGAUUGACUCACUCUUGGGAAACAAGCCCCACUCUAAGAAAGAGUCGCGAGCAUGA